UCUACAAGUGGCACGAUGAAUAACAAUAAUGACGCGGGGCCGGAGCCGGGCAGUGUCAGUGUGGAAGAUCAGGACGAGAUGGUCGCGACGGAGCGCGAGCUUGCUGAGGACGCCCAAUGGAAGCGCAUUCAACAGAACACUUUCACGCGCUGGGCCAACGAACAUCUAAAGACUGUCAACAAACACAUCGGCAAUUUAGAGACGGACCUGUGUGACGGUCUUCGGCUGAUCACGCUUAUAGAGGUCCUUUCGGGGAAGCGUCUGCCAAAGCACAACAAACGGCCGAACUUCAGAUCACAGAAGUUGGAGAACGUCUCUGUCGCCCUUAAGUUCCUGGAGCAUGACGAAGCUAUACGGAUCGUGAAUAUCGAUUCAACAGAUAUAGUAGACUGUAAAUUAAAACUCAUUCUUGGAUUGAUAUGGACAUUGAUCCUCCACUACUCAAUCUCCCUGCCUAUGUGGGAGGGUGAAGAUGAUUCACAGCAUGAUGGAAAGGGUGCAACUCCAAAGCAAAGGUUACUGCACUGGAUUCAGAGCAAAGUUCCAGAUUUACCAAUUACAAAUUUCACUUCUGACUGGAAUGAUGGCCGAGCAGUUGGUGCUUUGGUUGAUGCAGUUGCCCCAGGUUUAUGCCCAGACUGGCAAGACUGGAAUCCAAAUGAUUCUGUACAGAAUGCUGCAGAAGCUAUGGGGCUGGCUGAUGACUGGCUCAAUGUGCGACAGCUUAUCAAGCCAGAAGAAAUGGUUAAUCCAAACAUUGAUGAAAUGUCAAUGAUGACUUAUUUAUCUCAAUAUCCCAAUGCAAAAUUGAAGCCUGGUGCACCCCUGAGACCUCGCACUAAUCCGAAUAGGGUCCGGGCUUAUGGGCCUGGUAUAGAGCCCAUGGGACCAGUAGUAGGCGCACCAGCAAAUUUCACUGUUGAGACCUUCUCAGCAGGAAAAGGGAAAGUAGAAGUUACGGUAGAAGACCCGAAAGGCAACAGAGAGCCAGUUGAUAUUAGAUUCAACAAUGAUCGUAAUCUCACCUAUAGUGUCUCGUACAUUCCAAAAGUUGAAGGUAACCAUAAAGUUUCUGUUAAAUUUGCGGGACGAGAAAUACCAAAAUCGCCUUACAGUGUGCUUGUUGAGGGUCAUGCUGGAGAUCCAACCAAAGUGACAGCAUCAGGCCCUGGUUUGCAGCCAGAAGGAGUCAUGAUAAAUAGACCUACAUAUUUUGAUAUUUCAACAAAAGAUGCAGGUCGUGGAGUUCCAGAGGUUAUUAUUCUUGACCCUGCAGGUGCUAAAACCUCUGUGCCUGUAAAGGUUAGACAGAUUUCACCAGAUCUUUGGAGGUGUGAAUAUGUUUCAUCUGCAGUUGGUCUGCAUUCUGUGAAUGUGUUCUUUGCUGGGAAGCCGAUUCCAAACAGUCCAUUUGGUGUAAGAGUUUCACCAGUUUCUGAUGCGAAGAAAGUAAGGGCAUCUGGACGUGGACUGCAGCCUUCAGGUGUAAGAGUGGGGGAUGAUGCAACAUUCAGGAUCUAUACAGAAGGUGCUGGGGAAGGAACACCUGCAGUUCGAAUAAUAGGACCAGGUGGGGUUAAUGAGCAAGUUAAUUUGAGGAAAGUUGAUGGAACAGUGUAUGAAGCAGUUUACCAUCCUCGGAAGGAGGGACGUUAUGUAGUGAUGGUGACAUUUGCUGGCCAAGAGAUACCGCGGUCACCUUUUGAGGUGAAUGUUGGUCCGUAUAAAGAGACACAGAUACGAGCAUAUGGACCUGGUCUUGCUGGUGGUGUUGUUGGGUAUCCAGCUCUCUUUACAGUUGAAACAAAUGGUGAAACUGGAGCAUUAGGCUUCAGUAUUGAGGGCCCAUCGCAGGCCAAAAUUGAAUGUAAUGACAAUGGUGAUGGUUCUGCAGAUGUGAAAUAUUAUCCUACAGCACCUGGUGAAUAUGCCGUACAUAUUUUGUGUGACAAUGAAGAUAUUCCAAAGAGUCCCUACAUAUCGCAGAUAUUGCCAAAUACCGAUUAUUUCCCGGAAAAAGUUGAAUGUUAUGGGCCAGGGCUUGAAAAAUCUGUAUCAAAAGGAAAACCAGUGGAUUUCACAGUGGAUACGAGACGAGCAGGAUCUGCACCAUUAGAUAUACAGGUCCUUGAUGCCAGUUGCAAAAAUGUUGAUGUUAAAGUAAAGGACAAUCACGAUGGGACAUUUAAGGCAGAAUAUGUUCCAAAAGGAGGGAAAAAUGUAGUACAGGUGAAUUAUGGUGGUGUUGCAACAAGGAAUAGUCCUUACAGAGUGUUUGUUUCAGAGCCUCUUAAUCCAUCAAAAGUGCAGGUCUUUGGACCUGGUGUAGAAAAAGGUGUGAAGUCGAACACCCCUACCCAUUUCAACAUUGACUGUAGAGAAGCUGGUCAUGGUGAUAUACAGCUGGCUCUUAAAAGUGAGACAGGAACUGAUGUGCCAUUGGAUAUCACUGACAAUGGAGAUGGUACUUUCACUGUCGACUACUGUGUGUCGCAGCCUGGUCAGUAUACUGCAACAAUAAUGUAUGGUGGACAGAAGAUUCCUCAGAGUCCAAUAAAAAUACAAGUUCAGCCCCAUGUUGAUAUUUCAAAAAUUAAAGUGGAUGGACUAGAACCAACGGCUCCUAUCAACAGUUUGCAGCAAUUCAGAGUGAUAACACAAGGUGCUGGAAAAGCAGACUUUGCUGUUGCUAUUACAAGUCCUUCAGGAAAUCGUGUGAAGGCUCAUGUUAUUCCAACACAUGAGGGUUUUCUUGUAAAUUUCACUCCAACGGAACUGGGAGAGUACUUACUGAGCAUCUCAUUUGGAGGAGAGGCCAUAUCUCCAGCACCAUACAGAUUCAUGUGCAUGCAUGACAGUGACCCAAGCAAAGUGAGAGCCACAGGACCUGGACUAGAAAGGGGGGUGGUGGGUCGACCAGCAGAAUUCUGUAUAGAUACUCGAGGAGCUGGCCAGGGAGGCCUUGGUGUUACAGUAGAGGGACCUUGUGAGGCAGCUAUCAACUGCAGGGACAAUGGUGAUGGAACAUGUUCUGUGGCUUACCUUCCUACAGAAGCUGGUGACUACAGUAUCAACAUUACAUUCAACGAUCAGCAUAUACCAGGCUCUCCUUUCCAAGCACUAAUUGUCCCAGAAGCUGAUUUGAAGAGAAUCAAAGUGUCUGGAAAUGGAAUACAACCACAUGGUGUAUUUGUGGAUUCGCCAACUGAUUUUGUGGUUGAUUCACGUGCUAUUGCAAAGAGAGAUGAUGGAAAGGUCACCUGUACAAUUACUAAUCCAUCUGGAACAAAGACUGAAAAUCUUAUCACUCCAAUGGCUGAUGGAACAUACAGAAUCAGCUAUACACCAUUUGAGGAAGGUCGUCACACAAUUGAUAUAUUAUAUGAUGGUUUACCAAUCCCAGGAUCACCAUUUGUUGUUAAUGUUAGGAGAGGCAGUGAUCCAAAGAAAUGCAGAGCAUUUGGCCCUGGUCUUGAAAUGGGUUUGGUUGAUAAACCUAACGUCUUCACAGUAGAAACAAAAGGAGCAGGAACAGGUGGUCUGGGUCUAGCUAUAGAAGGGCCUUCAGAAGCGAAAAUGACAUGCAAAGAUAAUAGGGACGGAUCAUGUUCAGUGGAAUAUAUACCAUCUGAACCAGGAGAUUAUGAUGUCAGUAUUAAAUUUGCUGAUCAGCACAUUCCUGGCUCACCCUUUAAGGUGCCUGUUGAGAAAAGUGUGGAUGCUUCUGCUGUGAAAGCUUAUGGUCCUGGAUUGGACCCCAAUAAAUGUAGGGCUGAUAUCCCAGUGUCUUUCAAAAUAGAUGCUUCAAAAUCUGGUAAAGCACCUCUGGAUGUUAAGCUGAGGUCAGAAAGAGGACCCUUGCAACACCAGCCAGUGAUCACAGAUCUCGGAGGUGGCAUUUACGAAGUCACAUAUCUGCCACCACCAGAAGGAAGCACACUGAAAGGCAGGAUAACGUGGGAUGGAAAAGACAUUCAAAACAGCCCCUUCCAGAUUAAAGUGCGACCUCCUGCAGAACCAGAGCGUGUGAAAGUAGAUGGUCCUGGUGUGUCAGGCAAAGGCAUUCCAGCAUCAAUUCCUGCAGAAUUCACUAUUGACACUAGUCAAGCUGGUUAUGGUGAUCUUGAAGUACAAGUCAAAGGUCCUGAUGGUUAUCCAAGAAAAGUUAAAGUAACUGAGAAUGAUGAUGGUACAUUCAAAGCUGUUUACGUACCGGAUGACUGUGGCAGGUACAAGGUGACUGUGAAAUACGAUGGCAAGGAGGUUCCACAUUCGCCAUUCCAAGUUCAAGCAUAUGCAACUGGAAGUGCUGAGAAAUGUAAGAUAACUGAAGGCAUUCAGCGAGUCCUGACAAGUGGAGAAGAGUACUGCAUAACAGUAAAUGCUAAAAAUGCUGGAUAUGGUGCAGUAACUUGCCGUAUUCGCUCAACUUCUGGAAGUGACUUGGAUAUAGACAUUGAGGAUAAUGGUGAUGGAACAUUUAGUAUCUAUUACACUGUAAAAGAUGCAGGGGAUUAUACACUCAGUGUCAAAUUUGGUGGCCAGCCUGUUCCUGAUGGUUUCUACACUUUUACAGCCGGCCCAGAGGAUUACGUGAAACAGACGGUCGUCCAGGAAACACAACGUGUGCAGAAGACCACCACCAGCCAACAAUACAGAUCUGUGCAGUUGGACAACAUCCCUCUGCCCACAACAGGAGGACACGUCACAGCUGAGAUAAAGAUGCCGAGUGGAAAUAUUGACAAGCCCAUCAUUGAAGACAAUCGUGAUGGAACAGUGAGCAUAAAGUAUGAUCCACGUGAGGAAGGACUGCAUGAGCUUUCUGUGAAGUACAAUGGAGAACAUGUCCAAGGAUCACCAUUUAAAUUCCAUGUAGACUCCAUUACGAGUGGCUAUGUCACAGCAUAUGGACCAGGACUGACUCAUGGAGUCAGUGGAGAACCUUCAAAUUUCACCAUAUCAACAAAAGGAGCUGGAGCAGGUGGACUAUCAUUGGCCGUUGAAGGACCAAGCAAGGCAGAAAUUAGCUGUCAUGAUAAUAAGGAUGGCACAGUUUCUGUUUCUUAUCUUCCGACCGCUCCUGGAGAAUAUAAAAUUUCAGUCAAGUUUGGAGAGAAGCAUAUAAAAGGGAGCCCUUAUAAUGCAAAGAUCACAGGUGAAGGCAGAAAAAGGAAUCAGAUUUCUGUAGGUUCGUGCAGUGAAGUGUCCUUCCCAGGUAAGGUGACUGAUGCUGACAUCCGAUCUUUGAAUGCGUCAAUUCAAGCACCAAGUGGCCUUGAAGAGCCUUGCUUCUUGAAAAGACUGCCAAAUGAUAAUAUCGGUAUUUCAUUUACACCAAGAGAAGUAGGUGAACAUGUUGUCUCCGUAAAACGCCUGGGAAAGCACAUUGCGAAUUCACCAUUCAAGAUAAAUGUUGGUGAACGGGAAGUUGGUGAUGCAAAGAAAGUGAAAGUAACAGGUGCAGGUCUUACUGAAGGGAAAACUCACACAGACAACUCUUUCACCGUUGAUACAAGAAGUGCAGGGUAUGGUGGUCUGUCACUGUCAAUUGAAGGUCCAAGUAAGGCAGAAAUACAGUGUAAAGAUAAUGAGGAUGGAACCCUGAAUAUAUCGUACAAGCCCACAGAACCUGGGUACUAUAUCGUGAAUCUCAAAUUUGCAGACCAUCAUGUAGAAGGCUCACCUUUUACAGUAAAGGUGACAGGGGAAGGAUCGAACAGGCAACGUGAGAAAAUACAGAGGCAGAGGGAAGCUGUUCCCAUAACAGAAGUUGGUUCUGAGUGCAAACUGACAUUCAAAAUGCCAGGAAUCACUGCUUUUGAUCUUGCUGCUACUGUUACAUCACCAGGAGGAGUAACUGAAGAUGCUGAAAUAAAUGAAGUUGAAGAUGGCUUGUAUGCUGUACAUUUCGUUCCAAAAGAGCUUGGUGUGCACACAGUAUCCGUGAAAUAUAAGGAAAUGCACAUUCCCGGGUCCCCUUUCCAGUUCACUGUUGGUCCUCUGAAGGAUGGUGGUGCACACAGAGUUCAUGCUGGAGGCCCAGGUCUGGAGCGCGGUGAGCAAGGCCAACCGUGCGAGUUCAAUGUUUGGACCCGUGAAGCUGGUGCUGGCUCUCUUGCCAUCUCAGUUGAGGGACCAAGCAAAGCUGAAAUAGACUUCAAGGAUCGCAAGGAUGGUUCCUGCUAUGUCAGCUACGUUGUCUCGGAGCCAGGUGAAUACCGUGUGGGAAUCAAGUUCAAUGAUCAGCACAUACCAGAUUCACCUUACAAGCUGUUCAUCUCUCCAGCUAUGGGAGAUGCCCAUAAGCUUGAAGUUUUCCAGUUCCCCUCAUCCGGUGUGCAGGCUGAUAAACCCACUGCGUUCCUUGUCAGGAAGAACGGAGCUAAAGGAGAAUUAGAUGCUAAGAUCGUGGCUCCCUCUGGUAUUGAGGAUGACUGCUUCAUACAAUCAAUUGAUUCAGAAACCUAUUCUGUGCGUUUCAUGGCCAGAGAGAAUGGAAUUCACAACAUCCAUUGCAAAUUCAAUGGUGUACAUAUCCCAGGAUCCCCAUUCCGCAUAAAAGUUGGCAAGGAGGAUGCAGACCCUGCAGCUGUACAUGCUCAUGGAAAUGGGCUGGCAGAAAUAAAAACAGGCCAGAAGACUGAUUUCUUAGUUGAUACGUGCAAUGCAGGAGCUGGCACAUUGGCAGUAACUAUUGAUGGGCCUUCAAAAGUAUCAAUGGACUGCACAGAAGUAGAAGAAGGCUACAAAGUUCGUUACACACCACUGGUUCCAGGAGACUAUUACAUUAGUAUCAAGUACAAUGGGUACCAUAUUGUUGGAUCACCAUUUAAAGUUUUGUGCACAGGAGAGGAUUUGGCUGAAAGAGGAGCACAAGAAACAUCGUCUGUUGUUGUAGAAACAGUGCAGAAAGUAUCGAAGAGCAAACACACUGGACCCGUCCUUCCACUAUUCAAGUCUGAUGCUUCGAAAGUAACAAGCAAAGGAAUGGGUCUGAAGAAAGCAUACCUACAAAAACAGAACAUGUUUACUGUACAUGCUGGAGAAGCAGGUAACAAUAUUCUGUACGUUGGUGUUUAUGGCCCCAAAAGCCCGUGUGAAGAAGUAUUCAUUAAACAUCUUGGAAGGAAUAACUACCAGGUGAAUUAUGUUGUUCGAGAACGAGGGGAAUAUAUUGUAAUUGUGAAAUGGGGAGAUGACCACAUCCCAGGCUCUCCCUUCAAAGUGGAUGUGUGAUUUGUGAAAUCCUCUUGAAAGACACAGUUUCUCACCAGUUGGUGCUUCAUCAUAGCAAAUCAGUAAUCUCAGUAAUUGGAAAGAACUGGAAAACAAGUUUUGACAACCUAAAUCUAUACAGAAACCCAAAUGGAUAAUUUUGUAGAUCUCUUGAGUGCAUGCAAAUUGAGGGAGCAAAAUAUUUGUGAACUAUGGUGCCAUACUGCCUGCUUUCAAAGAAAAAGACAAAAUGAAUAGUGUAGUUAGAUACCAAAUGUAAAUUUUAAAUUAAUAUUUUGUAGGUAGCCAUUUUCUUUACCGUAAUAUGUGUGUACUUCAGGAGUGUGAUGGGACAUCAGUCAGAGGUAAUUAUAUUUCAAAAUUUGAUUUACUGAAUCAUUCCAUUUGUAAUCACCUAGACCUCAUAAUCUUCUACCUUUGUAUAUGCCUGGCCAAAAGCUCUCCAUUUGGGUUUCUGUAAAGAAUCAAUGCAUUCUGAAAAAAGUGAAAGUGUGCCUUAGAAAAAAAUGUAUUUCAGUUUUGAUUACAUUUGUCUGGAUCCAGUUUGAAUGUCAUGAUGUGUCUAAAUUUGUAUCACCCAUUUUAUGUGUCAGCACCAUCAUAAUUCUAAUUUAUUUUCCCAUGCAUUAUUGUUAUUGUACUAUCUGUUUCAUGAAGACACUGUAACUUUUAAUGGAUAUUUUACUUGAAAUUUCUGUAAAUAUCCUUUUGAUUCAUUACAGUACAAUAAAACUGAAUGUGCCUUAUUGUAGCUUGUAAGUAAAUGACAAAACCAGUACAGCAACUCGUGCAGAAUUUUUAUAGAUCAAAAAAUCUUUGAUUACAUUUCCAUAUAAUGUAUUCCUCUCCAGGAAAUAAACUGUACAUACAUCCAA